AUGAACGGUAAGACCUUUUUUACUUCAAGAAUUCAGUUUAAAAAAAUUUAAUUUUCAUCUCAUUUACGACUGAAACUUGUUUUAUCAUUUCUGUAAAUUUUUAUCACUGCAUUAAAAAAAAUUAGAUUUUAAACUUUGAAUAUUCUUCGAACAUGGAAGAUUCAACGCUUUUUUCUCUGAAAUUCAUAGAAUAUUGUCUGCUUUAUACCGAUCGAGUAAUCAUGGAAUUUUUCGAUUUCCCAGAUUGAUUUUUCUUUAUCAAUUUUACAGCCAGGAGGAAUCUUUUCACAAGGCUGAUUCAUGAAAUUACUGAUUUCAGCUUACUCUUUCGACGGAUUAGUCGUGGUUGCUUUGCUGUUGAUCUGCUCCUGCGCCUACCUCAAACGCGUGCCUCGGUUCAACUCCUGGCUGUUGUCGGAGAAGAAAGGAUUCUUCGGCGUUUUUUAUAAAGUAAUUUUUUACGAUUUUUUGUGGUUUACAGGUGUGCAUUUAGUUUUUCGAAUUAUGUUUUUUUCGGUUGAAAAUCAAUUCGCGAUAAAAAAAUAUCAAUAAUAAGAACGCGAGAUGAUUUCAUAAAAAAAAUCGAGAAAAAAAUGAUUAUAAAUUUAUAUAUAGUUGUGAAAACAUCCCAAAUAGGUUGAGAUGUUGAUUUUAAAAAAAAUGGAACCCUGUCUAAAAAAUCUUUCGUAAUUUGAAAAUACAGGGCGCAAAUAUUUGCGUAUAUUCAAAAAAAUAAAAUGAUGAUAACUGUUUCGGCUUCUCACCUUCAAAAAACUUUAUUUUUGGAAAUAAAAUUGCGAAUUCAAUAUUUUUUGUGGAAGUAUUAUUGUUUUCCAGGCCGCUGUGAUCGGAGUUCGUCUUCACUCGGCCGUCGCUCUUUCUUGCUUUGCCGCCGCCUUUUACACGCUCUUCAUCCGUUAAAAUGGUUCAGCACAAGAUGAAGCAGAAGGUUUGAUUUCGAGAAGCUUCGCGCAACGUUUAAUAAGCUGAUUUUCAAUAGGUGGUUUUGGAACUGAACUGAAAAUAUAUACCCAUUAAUUGAUUAAUAUAUACAGGAAUUUUGAGUUUUUUUUUCUUCUGAAAUUUCACGAAUCUUUUUAAAAUUUCUUAAUUUUGAACUUUUUGAGGGGUUCUGAAACAGAUUUCUCAACUGUUUUUUAUUUAGACAACUUUGCCGAAGGGCGUCAAGACCAAAGUGAAAAAAGCCAAGGCGACAGGACCUAAACGUGGUCAAUUCCUUCACAUCGCACCAAAGAAGAAGCACGUCAUUGAAUCGGUUGGUUUCAUUUCAUUUUCCAAGUAUCAAAUUUGAGAAAAACCUGAUUUUUCAAAUAAAACAGCCCUUUUACUUAUUUGGGAAUGGUCAUCAUGUUCUGACAUAAUUUUCACAGUUUUCACAUGUUUUGGAGUACAAUGUUGUAACAUAUUUUUGCAGGAAAAAGUGGCCGCCGAGGUGACGCGAAUCAUCAACGAGAAGAACGAAGAGAUGGUCAAAGGCCGUGCCGACACCGCCGUCGGCCGCAACCAGCCCCAGAAAUCCAAAUAA